AAUUUUGCACCUCUGGAGACAAGUGGUGGAAUCUUAAAGCGAGGAAGAAUACAUCUAUUUAAAAAAGCAAGGUUUAUAUUUCUGUCUUUAAUAUUUCACUUGCAUCUUUUGCAAUUAUAAGGCAAUAUACUUGCAGAAUCAUCUGCAUUAUUAUUUCCAGUAAAACGGAAGUAUUAUUUAGCGGUGCAAUGAAAGCAGUGAGUGAUGUUCCUGCUCUGAAAAAGGCAGGCUGCGGUGAGAUGACAUUGCAUUGCCUGUCGGAGCACAGUCUGAGCAUCGCACGCUGCAAGAUGGAAGAGGAGUCCCUGGAUCUGCAGUACGACAUGAAGGAUUGCUAUUCCAAGCUCAAGCAGCUGGUCCCCACCAUCCCUCAGAACAAGAAGGUGAGCAAAGUGGAGAUCCUUCAGCAUGUGAUCGACUACAUCCUGGAUCUGCAGCUGGCUCUGGAAACGCACCCGGCUCUGGUGAGACCGCAGCCAGUAAUCUGCCCUUCGGCGCCCCGAAAUCCUCUGACAGCUCUCAACACCGAGCAGGCUGGGUCUAAAGUCAGAAGACAAGAGGACAGCAUUCUGUGCCGCUGAUGUGAUGUGUGAGGUGUGCCCGAGAAUCGCGCGUGCACACACACACACACACAAAUAUAGAGAGACCAGAGAGGGGGAAAAGAGGAAAAAAAGGACAAAAAAACCUAAUCCUUGCGAUCAACGUCAAAAACCUGUCCAACGGAUUCCAUCCUGAGAGGGUUUUCUGCCAAAUCACGUCUUACCUCUCUGCUGCUCACAGCGUUAUAGCCACAGACUUAAAAAAAAGAGCUCUGUUCUUGGGACACUUUGGGGAAGG